CGAUAUUAUUUAUGGGCGUUGAUUUCCGGUAUUCAGCGUCUGAAUUUUCAGUUUCCACAGAGUGUGAGUUAUGUGUGUGAAGUAUGUGUGUAGAGUUGAGUGUGUGAGAGAGUGAGCGAGUUUGUAGUGUGGUUGUAAACGUUCCCAGCUCGGAUACUGUCACCGCCUUGCACCGCAGGCUGGCGCCGUGUUCCUACAUGCAAGUUACCGUCGCAGCUCCACGAUUGUUGGCCAGCAAUGACCGAAAGCCCCGCGACCAAGCCAGCCAACGGGGAUGUGUGUCAGCGUGUGAAGAACGGACUGAAGCCGGAGAGAAACGGCUUAGUGAAGAGCCUCAACCGCUGCCAUGAGAGGCAGCCCAAGCUCCACUGCCACCCCGAGGAGGAGGAGGUCAAUGCAGCAUCACAGCAUGGCGGCCUGUACACCCGGCCCUUCAUUGAGUCUUUCGAGGAGACGCCCAUGCUGGUGGCGGUGUUCACCUACAUGAGCUAUGGCAUCCUGACCAUCUUCGGCUACCUGCGUGACUUUCUCCGUCUCUGGAAGAUCGAAAGGUGCCACAUCGCCUGGGAGAAGGAGGAACAGAAGGACUUUGUGCCCCUCUACCAGGAUUUUGAGAACUUUUACACCAGAAAUGUCUACAUGCGCAUCAGAGACAACUGGAACAGGCCCCUGUGCGGCGUCCCGGGGCCCAAAAUGGACCUGUUGGAACGAGACACCCAAGACUAUAACUGGACUUUUGAUUACACAGGUCGGGUACUGCAGGAUGUGAUUAACUUGGGCUCCUAUAAUUACCUGGGCUUCGCUGAGAACACAGGUCCGUGUGCUGACUCUGCAGCCAAGGUCACCAUGAAGUACGGCGUCGGAGUUGCCAGCACCAGGCAGGAGAUUGGUAACCUGGACAGACAUGAGGAAAUGGAGAAGCUGGUGGCUAAAUUCCUGGGUGUGGAGUCAGCCAUGUCCUUUGGGAUGGGGUUUGCAACCAAUUCCAUGAACAUACCAGCACUGGUUGGAAAGGGCUGUCUGAUUCUGAGUGAUGAACUGAACCAUGCCUCUCUGGUCCUGGGAGCCAGACUCUCCGGGUCCACCAUCAGAGUCUUCAAACACAACAAUAUGCAAAGCCUUGAGAAACUGCUGAGAGAGGCCAUAGUUCACGGGCAGCCCAGAACUCACAGACCAUGGAAGAAGCUGCUCAUUGUUGUAGAGGGCAUAUACAGCAUGGAGGGCAGCGUAGUGCGCCUGCCAGAAGUGAUUGCUCUGAAGAAGCGCUACCGGGCCUACCUUUACCUAGACGAGGCCCACAGCAUCGGGGCCCUGGGGCCGAGAGGGAGAGGUGUGGUGGAUUACUUCGGCCUAGACCCCUGCGAUGUGGACGUCAUGAUGGGAACAUUUACCAAGAGCUUCGGCGCUGCGGGGGGAUACAUCGCAGGGAAAAGGGAGCUUAUUGAGUACCUGCGCUCCCAUUCCCACAGUGCGGUCUACGCCACCUCCAUGUCUCCUCCUGUGUUGGAGCAAAUCGUCACUUCUAUGAAGUGCAUUAUGGGAGAGGAUGGCACAACGAUAGGCUGUGACCGUUUGCGACGGCUGGCAGAGAACACUGUCUAUUUCCGCAGGAGGCUUCAAGAAAUGGGCUUCAUCAUCUACGGCAACGAGGACUCACCGGUUGUACCCAUGAUGCUCUACAUGCCCGCCAAGAUCGGAGCAUUUGGCAGGGAGAUGUUGAAGAGGAACAUCGGGGUGGUGGGCGUGGGCUUCCCUGCUACGCCUAUCAUCGAGUCCCGUGCACGCUUCUGCAUCUCAGCCUCCCACACAAAGGACGUGCUCGACAGGGCGCUGAGUGUCAUCAGUGAGGUAGGAGACCUUCUUCAGCUCAAGUAUUCCCGGCGGAAAAUAAAGCCGUCUUCGGCGCGGCCCUUUGACGAUAAUGUGUUCGAGGACAUUGACGACUGAUGGAACCGGUCCUCUCAAAGUGGUGUGAACCAGAACAACCCUUAGAAGACACAGAACGGGGGAAGAUGGAUCACAAGUCUUCCACAAAGGACCGAGAUGUUCACAGGUGCCCCUUGUCACUAGCUUGCCAUAAUGUAACCCCCAAACAAAAGGAAAAAACACUUAAAACUAUCGUCUAAUUCUACUUUGCCUUAAAUAAACAUGCAGAACUUGUGGUCCACACACUGGAAAGCAGCACUUCUGCUUUUUCCUGUGUACUUUUAUCCCUUUUUUUUUUUCUUUUCUUUAAAAAAAAAAAAAAAAAAAAAUCAUUUUGUGUCUUAACAAUUUUAGUUGUAUGUGUGUGUACGUCUGCUGUGCUUGUAGCAUUCAUCAUGUUAAGCCUUGUGUAUGUUAAGUGGACUAAUGCCAACUUUACAAAUGUCUCAGAAAUUGUGAACCGUUGGGAUUUAAUUUUUCAUAUUGUGGAUCUAAAGUGAACUCUGAUGGGGUAAAGUUAGAUUACUUUUAAGCAUCAUAUCAAAAGGCUUGUUCUUUCAUCCAAUCCAUUCAGAUCAGUGAUUGUUGCCAUUGGCACUGGAUGUUGCGAUGUUUGCUCAGGACUGAGUGAGUGACCUGUAGGUCUGUUUGUUAGCAAGGUAUCGUACAAAGUGAAAGGGAUUUUAAGGAUUGUGUAUUUAAAGAUCCAGAUCUGUACUUUCUGCCAGAUUAGACCAUUUGAUCAUUAUACUGUAUUCAUGUGCUGAUGGGAGAACCACAACAUCCACCUGGCAUUCUAUUGAGACUUUUACCAGGAGGCUUCUAGGUUUGUACAUUAAAACAGGGAGAACCUUUUCCACAUUUAUUUUAGGGAGUAAGACUAAGAAGCUGAUACGCAUCGCUGAUCCUUGACCUCACCACACAUUCUUUUAACCAACUGACUUUUUGAUCACAUUGCUAGUCAUUGCAUCAGAGAUGACUGAUCAAUGCAAUGACUUGUUAAAGACAGUGUUUGACAUUUUUGGAAAUAUGCUUGUUUAUUUUCUUUCUUUCUAGAGCUAGAUGAGAAGAUCAAUACCUGUCUCUGAUAAAUAUGACAGCCAGGAGGCGCUGUGCUUAGCGUGAUCUAAAGAGAAAUAGUCCCAGCCUGGAACUCCCCCAUAACACUAUAAAUAGUCGUUUCUACAUUUAGUUUUUUGUACUGAUUUUAAACGAACCCUUUCAAUUGUUUUUAUGCUAAGCUAAUAACCCGAUAGCUCUUGCUUCAUAUUUAUCGCAGAGACACGAGAGUGGUGUUGAUCUAAAUUUUUAAAAGAAAGCAACAUUAAUUUCCAAAGAAUGGGUUCCUCUGAUUCCAGGUCAGUGCGGCGUACGUUGUCAGGUUGAAUGUUUGCUUGCUAUAUUAACCUAAUUUGCUUAGUAAGAUUAUCAAUCAUGAACUACAGUUUUAAAAGUUAAUUUUGCAUCAACUAACACCAGCUCUGGGUCAGUGCAACAGUGCCAAAAUGGAAAUGAAUCCAAAGUACUAGUGAGAAUGUCAUCAGCCAUAUUCUGGUAAAUUGCCCACACAACGAUGAAGAACCCUAUGUUGCAUACCUUGAAUUAUCAAUUUUGGAUCAUUUGCGUCUUAAUUGACAUUGCUAGUAUUUAUAGUAUUUAGCAUUUUAGCGCUCCAAAAGUAUAGAAUAUGAUUUAUAAAGUUCAAAAAUCUCUUUAAAAAUAGAUGUAUCUAGAGUGUAUCUAUUAGCUGUCAGCGGUUUAACUAUAAAAAGCUGUAUUUUACUGACUAAUAGAAAGUUUUUAUAAAUGUUAACUUGCACCACAGCAACAUUGUAAUCCAGAUGGAUAUUAAAUCAUUGCUACUAAAAAGGAAUGCAAAUAAAUGUCUUUUGAAACUCUGGGAAUUUUAAACCCUAAUCGUCUGUUACACAUGGAUUUGGCUGACGUCUGUCCACAGCUGUGUUACACGUCACCAUCACUGGCAUCCUUCAGUGUGAUUGUGUGUUCUUUAUUAACCAACUUGGUGUGUAUUUGUACAGCUAAAUGUAUUACAGAGGACCUCAAAGAUCAAGUUUAGCAUGACACAGUCAAUUAGGGUUGCCAUAUUUUAGUAGGUCGACCCGGAAGUUAGCGUUCCACUGGUUCCUUUUCACAAAAAGCCAAUACGAUUUAUUUUAUUGGAUUUUGGAUUAUUGCAGUAAACUAGCUCUGUGAGAAACAAAUGUUUAGGAUAUUUGCAUGUUUUGAUAAUCUCCACAUAUUAACAUCACUUUGAUGAUGAUUUUUGAAGCGUAAAUGGAAUUGUAAAAAGCUAACGUCAGGCUAUAAACAAACUAUUCAACGUCGGCACCACGGAGCUAAAGGCUAGUGUUUGGCGUGAUGACAUUUAGCGGGCUCAUUUAGCCACUUGUUAGCAACCUGCGUUUUUAACACUUAAAAGCUUCAUAAAUUCACAACUGCGGUAUAAUGUAUUUUAUGUAGCUGAAUAAAACGUUAAAAUCUCUUACACUUGUGUUAACCACAGACCUUAUUUCAGGCUUCUAACCAAAAACCCAUUCAAAAAAGCCAUUGGCUUUGAUCCGAGGGAACCAGAAGUGCUAACUAAUUUCCCGGUUUUAGGACUCAUUCCUGCACCACCCUAUAUCCAGUUUAUUAGCAAAGCUCUAGUUUAAAUCUAGGUCAGUUUAGUCACUCUAGAAUGUGAAAUAAACUACAAAUAUAUAUAUACGGUAGAUACUUAUAUCUACACAUCUAAACUAUUCUGGUCUGGAUGUGAUUUAGCGCUGGUUGUAAUAUCCUUCAUUAGUAUUAAUGUCUAAUAAUGUUGUUUUAAUGUAAAAAGAAAUGCUCUCUUUGUGCCAUGACUCAAAAGUCAUUAAUAUUUUUCAAUCAGUGUGUGACAGAUGUGUGUGUGCUUUCUUGCAUGUUUUCGGGUAUUAUUGUAUGCUUUACUGCACUUUUAUCUUGUUUUUUUCCCCCUAUGUACACACCUGCCCUUUGAACUCUUGGUUUAUCUUUACAUUGUGCUGCUGAUCUUCGGGACAACAACAUCCUGAAGGAAGGCAGCUGUAAAGAGACAUCUCACACUUGCAUGUAUGCAUACUAAUAUUGUGUAACCACUGCUCAUACUAAUGCAUGUACAGUAAGAAUUAGUGAUUGAAGCUGCUCUGCACCACAGCCAGUGGUGCUCAAUGAUAUACACUGUUCAGCUACAUGUGACUUUUUUGAAUGUUGUCAGAGAAGGUUUAACAUGUCUGCCUGGGCUCUAGGAAGGUUUUAUUCUUUCUUCCAUAUUAGUGAUUAUCUUAAUGGGAAAUGUUUUUAGUUUCCUUAUUAUAGAAAAUACCUAAAUCUGGGAAUUACAAAAUGAUCCAAAAGUUACAACGUUACACAUACAUGUAGAUACAGAUUGUUUAAGUUUGCACACAGGAAAGUCAUCAAGUGAUACUAAAAGCAGGCAUUUAGAAUAUAUUUUGAUAUGAAAAUAGUAUUAUGUAAAACCCCAAGACCUUAUUGCCUGAUAUCUUAAUGUGUUAUCCUUAAAGGGAUAGUUCGGAGUGUUUGAAAUGUUGCAUGAGGUACUUUUCCAUAGUCGGUGUAUCUACAGGAGAUGGUGGUCGGACUUUGUUAUAUAGCAAAAAUACGGUUUGCUGCAGCAGUACAUUGCUUAGCUUCCGUGCUGGUACUGAUCCGACCGGCAUCUGUUGUAAUGAUGCACUGACUGGAGAAGUACCUCAUACAACCCCACUUCAAAAAAUCCAAACUAUCCCUUUAAUAUACAUUAGAUCUCUACAGUACCUUUGGAAUGAUUCGGUACUUGAUAAACAAGAUAUGUAAUCCAUCUGCUGCUGGGUGUUCUGUCUGAAUACUGCAGUUUGUUCCCAUCUGGAGCAUUAAACAGCUUUGGUCUUGAUGCACAUCAGCAGGAGAACCUGAGAGCUUUGUCGGGAGAUGAAAGAUGGUCCCGGUAUUUUGUACAAAAUUUAUAUUGUUUAAUUGAAAAGGAGCUAUUCAGAAUAUUUUGUUUACUAUUGAGUAACCUAGGAAUGACGGUUAUCGCUGUUAGUGGCAGCUUUUGUUGAAAGCACUCGAGUGUGCCAUGAAUAAGGCAAUCUUGCAUUGCAAAUACUCACACAUCAGAGAUAGUUACUUCCUGAUAUAGUGCCUUUUGAAGCAAAUGGUUUUCUAAUAAUUCUGAUUAUAGUAAGUGUCAUAACUUUGAUUGCUCAUCUUUUAUAGUGUCAUUUGACUUCUUUUACGACUUUGUCUUAAACAAUGUUUAUAUUCAGCACUGUAUGUGUUCUCCAUGUCGACUAAUUUCCAUGCAUUUGAUCAUAGAAAAUGCACAAUUUAACAUAUCAGCAAGUUAUUAACAUGUGAAGACUCACCCAUGUCGAUGAUAUCAGUAGAUCAUUAAAACAAUAAAAACAACGCUGUUUUGAA